AUGCUUCCAAACUGCGCCGGUCCGAUAUGGGCCGUGGAUGAUCUUUCUCGCUGCUUCCAACGCAGUUACUUGCAAGAGAUUUUUCCGUUGACGGCUUGUGCGCUUUCACUUCUCCUUAUUUUGUACCGCGUCACAUAUCAUUACGCUUUCUCUCGAAAGGGUUUCUCCUACAAGCUGUUGCCUAGUGAAGAUGCUGGGAAUGGCCCACAAGAUACCAGGGUAACGGACGAAGACCUCGCGGCGGAAUCCGAUCCAAUGCUAUCCAAGGCGGCGCAGAUUGAACUGCCGCAUUAUGAGAUUGACCGUCCCCGGGGCGAGAUUGCUUUGGUAUCAUUGGAGGUGGUGGCGCUCGUCGCACAGGUAGCUGUGUUCAUCGGUAUCUUGUCUACAGACGCGUGGGGUUAUGACGGGACGCUUCCUGCGGUGGCGAGACUGAUUUCCUGGAGUUAUAUUCUGUUCCUGGUACUGGUCCGCAUGCUUCUGUCGAUCCUGCAGUUGCAAUCGUUUGCGAAGCUUUGGAACCACACCGCGGUUCUAUACGGGUUACAAUGGCUAUUCACCGUUUUCGUGUUCCGGUCUGCGGUCAUCUAUCCGAUCUCAAGACGUGCUUUGACUUUCUCCGCCGUCGAGUUUUCCUUGUCUAGCUUUUUACUGCUCCUCGCCGUGUCUACCCGUAGAGGAAAUAAACCUGUCCUGGUUCCACACGAAGAUGGCCUCGAGCCAGCAAGACACCCCGUUGCCAGUCUACUUUCCCUAGCGACUUUUUCCUGGCUGGAUCCCCUUAUUCUCAAGGGCUAUAAACAAUCCCUAGAUCUCGAAGAUAUUUGGAACUUGACUGCAUCCCAGAAGGCAGCUACAGUCCUAGAGGAUUUCCGCCGCCGACAAUACAAAGGCUCGCUAGUGUGGAAGCUUAUGCGUUAUUUCUAUGGCAGAAUCUUGCUGCAAGGUGCUUGGACUGUAUUCUCUAACCUUUUCACGUACUUGCCCACUCUGCUCCUCAAAGCAAUCCUGGAGUAUGUUGAAGAUCCGCGAUCAACUACUCCCAAUGCUGCCUGGCUCUAUGCUGCACUCUUAUUUUUCUCAGGCACCAUACAAGGCGUGGCCGAUGGUCAGGCUCUUUGGAUCGGACGCAACAUUGGCGUGAAGCUACGUGCCAUCAUAAUUGGCGAAAUUUAUGCUAAGGCCCUUCGCCGAAAAGCUGGCCCCUCCGUGGAUGCCGCGAAGAAGAAUACUGAAGAGCCGGUCAAGGACAAAAAAAAGAAGAAAGGUCUCCUUUCCUUUGGUCGUAAAAAGAAGGCUGCAAAUGACCCUGAAAAUGAUUCUUCAAAUAAGAAGGAGAAUGAGGCAGAGGACUCUGAGCUCGCAAAUAUUGGUACUAUUAUUAAUUUGAUGGCUAUCGACUCGUUCAAGGUCAGCGAAAUCGGUGCCUACCUACACUUUCUCUGGGCUAGUGUGCCAGUUCAGGUUGUCAUUGCCGUCACGCUUCUAUAUAGACUUCUCGGAUUUAGCUCCUUUGCUGGUAUCGUGAUCAUGGUCCUGGUGCUCCCCGUCAAUCUGUUUAUCGCCAAGAAAUUCUCGAAGCUUCAGAACCAGAUCCUGAAGGGAACGGAUGCUCGCAUUCAUUCCACCAAUGAAAUUCUCCAGAAUAUUCGGAUCAUCAAAUAUUUUGCCUGGGAGCAACGUUUCACGGACAUUGUGAAUGAAAAACGUAAAGCAGAGCUUAGGGCUUUGCGCUUCCGUUACAUUCUUUGGUCUGGGGCUGCAACGAUCUGGUAUGGGACACCGAUUUUGAUUACAUUCGCAUCAUUCUUCCUGUACACAGUAGUUGAGGGCAAGAAAUUGACCCCAUCGAUCGCAUUCCCUGCUCUUUCAAUGUUCUCCCUGCUUCGCGUUCCUUUAGACCAAUUGGCCGACAUGGUCGCGCACGUCCAGGAGGCAAAGGUUUCUUUGGACCGUGUGGACAAGUAUCUCAACGAAGAUGAGACCGAAAAGUACCGCCAGCUCUCCGAUGAAGACACCUCUGAGCCUAGAAUCGCACUUGAUAAGGCUACCCUCACCUGGGGAUCCGGAAAAGGACACGGCCAGAAUAGUGAGCAGAAUGGAAAUUCGGAUGUUUUCCGCUUGAUAGAUAUUGACGUUGACUUCCGGAUUGGAAAACUCAAUAUUAUUGCUGGGCCCACUGGCUGUGGAAAAACAUCUCUUCUCAUGGCACUCCUUGGAGAAAUGAAACUGUUAGAAGGACGUGUUCAUCUACCUGGUGGAAGGGCUAACCGCGGAGAUCUCCCUGUAGAUCCUCGUACAGGGCUUAUCGAAAGUAUCGCAUACUGUGCCCAAGAAGCUUGGCUUGUCAAUGACACUAUCAAGGAGAACAUUAUCUUUGCGUCUCCCUUUGAUCAGAGUCGGUAUGAUGCUGUGAUCAAAGUGUGCGCACUGGAGCGUGACUUGGCCAUUCUGGAUGGGGGAGAUCAAACCCUUGUUGGAGAGAAGGGCAUUGGCCUCUCAGGCGGCCAGAAGCAGAGAAUAUCUCUUGCCCGCGCUAUCUAUAGCCGAGCCCGCCAUCUUCUUUUGGAUGAUUGUUUGAGUGCCGUUGACUCCCAUACAGCAAAGCACAUAUUUAGAGAUGCUCUUACGGGCCCUCUGAUGUUGGAUCGGACUUGCAUUCUUGUUACACACAACAUCGCCCUUACUGCCCAACAUGCUGACUACAUUGUUGUUCUUGACAAUGGUAAAAUCACAUUCAAAGGUCGCGCGGAUGAUGCGGGGGCUGCUAAAGCUCUAGGCGAAGAGGUCCUUAAGUCGCGACCAGGCUCCCGGGCUAGCUCCCCACCUCGAUCCCGCAGAUCUUCGGACUCCCAGCAGCCUAGUGAUCAAGAAGAAUCGCACAACGGCAAUGGCGCCGCAGUUAACGGAUCGUCUAGUAAAGAUCAGAAGAAGGAAAAGUCUACAUCAAAGUUGGUGGAGACGAAGGCCACUGGCAGUGUUAAAUGGUCUACAAUCAAGAUGUAUCUCCAAGCUAUGGGUCCCUGGUACUACUGGAUUUCGGCAAUCCUUGUUUUCACUCUUCAGCAGCUCGGAUCCGUCUCGACGAAUAUCUGGAUUCGCCAGUGGGCAAACUCCUACAGUAUCAAUGGUGUUGACGUCGACAAUGCUGGCACAUAUGCUGCCAUGACAGACUUCAAAUUCCCAUCAUUUAACGUUGUUGGUGUCCCACGUACUUCGGCCGUGGGUGCGCCACAGCUUAGCACCCAGAGCACAACCCCCGAUGGCGAGGUGAAUGUUACAUAUUACCUUGGCGUGUAUGCUUUACUGGGAGUUCUUUACAUCUUGAUCUCGGCUUCCAGAGAAGGAGUCUUGUUUUGGGGUUCCCUGCACGCAUCUUUCGGUAUCCACAAGCGUCUUCUGAAAACGGUCAUGCAUGCCAAGUUCAAGUUCUUUGACUCUACCCCUCUCGGUCAACUUAUGAACAGAUUUUCCAAAGAUGUUGAAGCCAUUGACCAGGAAGUUGCGCCUGUUGCGAUUGGUAUGCUUCACAGCUUAGCAUCAGUUAUCAUGAUCGUGAUUCUGAUUUCUGUGAUUACUCCCGGAUUCUUGGUCGCUGCGGUCUUUAUUACUUUGGUCUAUUUUGCUUUGGGGGCUGUCUACCUGAAUGCUUCCCGCGAUAUGAAGCGGUUGGAGUCUGUGCAGCGGAGUCCUUUGUAUCAACAAUUUGGCGAAACGCUGAACGGAAUUGUCACCAUCCGCGCCUAUGGCGAUGGACCUAGGUUCCUCGUGGAUAAUCAUCGACGUAUCAAUGCAUAUAAUCGGCCACAUAUUUAUCUGUGGGGCAGCAACAGAUGGCUCGCCUUCCGUGUUGAUAUCACAGGUGCUUUGGUUUCCUUUUUGACUGCCACAUUUAUUCUUUCAAACGUUGGGAAGAUUGAUGCAGGCGCGGCGGGACUUUCGCUAACAUAUGCCGUCACGUUCAACGAAAACAUUUUGUGGUUGGUUCGACUUUACUCAGAAGUUCAACAGAGUAUGAACUCUGUUGAGCGAAUAAAAGAGUAUUUAGACGUGGAACAGGAAGCGCCCCCAGUCAUACCCGAUUCGCGACCUCCACCCAACUGGCCCAGUCGAGGUUCAGUCAAGUUUGUGGAUUAUUCCACAAGGUAUCGUCCCGAUCUCGAUCCUGUUCUUCGGGGCGUCUCUUUCACUGUGCAACCGGGAGAGAAGGUUGGAAUCGUCGGUCGUACUGGAGCUGGAAAAAGUUCUCUCGCCCUCGCUCUUUUCCGUGGACUGGAAGCAGAAUCGGGACAGAUUAUUAUCGAUGAUGUGGAUAUUGGUACUAUCGGGCUCCGAGAUCUGCGUGAAUCGAUUACCAUUGUUCCCCAAGACCCUACUCUCUUUACCGGAACCAUCAGAAGCAAUCUUGACCCGUUCGGCCUUUUCUCUGAUGAGCAGAUCCUCACGGCAAUCCGCCGGGUGCAUUUGAUUGAUUCCGCCUCCUCUGGCACAGCGACCCCUGUGACUGGCAGCGCCUUGUCCAUAACAGAGCCAGGCUCAGCUACACCAACCGGAACCGGUACUAUCGUAGACAACAAAAAUAUCUUCUAUAACUUGGAGAGCCCGGUGUCUGAAUCUGGAUCCAACCUCUCUCAGGGACAGAGACAACUUUUGUGUCUUGCACGAGCUCUGCUGAAAAGCCCCAAGGUCCUAAUGAUGGACGAAGCCACCGCGUCAAUCGACUACAAUACCGAUGCUAAGAUCCAAGAGACCCUGCGAGAGCUGAAAGAGAAUACUAUUAUUACGAUUGCGCACCGUCUGCAAACUAUUAUUGACUACGACAAGGUCCUGGUGCUCGAUCAUGGCCGAGUAGUGGAAUUCGACCACCCCUGGACACUCGUCAACAAGGAGGGUGGUGUCUUCCGCAGCAUGUGUGAGAACAGCGGGAACAUGGAUACCCUUUUGGAGGUAGCCAAGAAGGCAUGGGAACAAAACCAACUUGUCGAUGAUUCAUAG